UUCGGGUCCGAAAAGCGCAUCUCUUGCCGCCCGCGAUCCAGCAUCGUCAUCGCCGUCGGACGUCUUCUUCUGUCUUCUCCAACAAUUCUGCCAAAAAGGCCUCUAUCGAAUUAUACCCCGGAAAUAAUUCCAUGCUAUCAUAUUUACCUCAAAUAUAUCAUAGUCUAAUUUUUACCUCAUGACAGACGGAAUUCCUGUCAGGAUGCUGCCCAUCUUAGACCCCUCCGCGGGGCAUUCCUUCGUCGAGCCCAGCAAGAAAAUCAACGAGGGCCAAGAUGUCUCGACUUUCUUGACUACAAAAGCCUACGUUGAUAUCAUGACCUUUCUCCUUCAGCUUAAUCGAUCAUUAUUUCCCGCCAAAUUACCCGAUGGGAGUGUGCAGACCUGGCCUCUCAACACCGACGCCGUCGAGUUCUCCGCGACGGUGCGACAGCUCCAGUAUCUCUUAUCCAAGCUAGAGGGUAUUGUUGCAGAGGUUCCUCCCGAUACAGGACCUCGGAGGUUUGGUAAUAUUAGCUUCCGCAGAUGGUAUGAGGUCGUCGAGAAGCGAGCCUCGGACCUUUUGGAUGAGUGUCUGCCGUCGGAGGUGCUACAAACCAAGUCAUCCGAUCCUGAGGGACCGACAGCGAAGGUGGAGCUGAUGGCAUACUUCCUGGGCAGUUGGGGAAGUCCACAGAGACUGGACUAUGGAACCGGUCAUGAACUCAGCUUUCUGGCUUUCCUGGCGGGGAUCUGGAAGCUGAACGGGUUUCCCAAAUCCAGUCCGGGGGUGGAAGAGAGGGCCAUUGUCCUCGGGGUGAUUGAACCCUACCUUGAGCUGGUACGAUCGAUCAUCAAGACUUAUACCUUGGAACCUGCAGGUUCCCAUGGCGUCUGGGGUCUGGAUGACCACUCCUUCAUUUCGUAUAUCUUUGGUUCCGCACAACUAUCUCCAGCUAUAUCAGAAACAGAUAGAGUGCCCGAGGAAGGCUCUCUUCCGAAUGCCCCAGAUCCGGGCGGUGUUGCAAAAGCGAACAUUGUCGAAAAAGAACGCAAGGGAAACCUGUACUUCUCCGCAGUUGGCUUUAUUUAUGACGUGAAAAGAGGCCCAUUCUGGGAACAUAGUCCGAUGUUGUAUGAUAUAUCUGGCAUCCGAACCGGCUGGGCCAAGAUAAACAAGGGUAUGAUCAAGAUGUACAAUGCUGAAGUGCUUUCCAAAUUCCCCGUUGUACAACACUUCCCAUUUGGUUCUCUCUUCAGUUGGGAGCGUGACCCUAAUGCUCUCCCACCGCCAACAUCUGUCCACACAGCGUCUGUGCCUCAAGCAAGACCCAAGGAAGCCGUCUCCUCUUCGACGGCCAGGAUGCCGGAGUCCGGAACAAAGGCUCCCUGGGCAAGUGGAGCAGCAGGAGGGACUGCGGCACCGUGGGCAAGCGCAGGGAGAGAAGGAAUACCAAGCCCUUCUGUUUUUUCUGGCAAUACCCCUCGAGUACCUCCAUCUGUUCCCGACACAUCCAGGUUACCUCCAGGUCCAAUGGCCCCUACAAGAGCUCCUUGGGCAAAGCCCCAACCAGAAAGGCAGGCUCCUACUGGCAGCUCGGGGGAUGUACCCACCAAGGCUCCUUGGGCAAAAUAAUGAUCCAGUUAUGACAAAUUUUCGUACUUUGUGAUGACCUGUUUCCGUGAAUAUAUACCCGAUUUACAUCUCAUGCUGCAUGAAACAAUGACGAUAUCAUAUAAAUAAAAGUCUACACAAACUCCAAUUGGGUAUCUUAAACAGGCUGAAAGAAACAUGACCUAAACUAUACAAAUAAACAUCCCGAG